AUGGAAACAAGCAGCCCGUCUAACGAACCCAAAAACUGCGAGAAAGCAAAAGCGCCACAUGGGUUAAUACGGAUGGUAUUCCAACAAGCAGACUGGAAGGACAUAGUUUUGAUGGGACUAGGAAUAUGUGGAUGUUUUGUUGAUGGGUUAAGUGUGUCAGCCAUGAUGUUGCUUUUGAGUCGUUUGAUGAACGGUUAUGCUUCUGUGUCGUCUUUAACCCUUCAAGAUGUAGAUCAGUAUGCCCUCAUGUUUGUCUAUAUCGCGAUUGUUUUAGGUGCGGGUGCUUUUCUAGAAGGUUUUUGUUGGGGCCGGACCGCAGAGAGACAGUACUCUCGCAUGCGCACCAAAUAUUUAAAAGCUAUUUUACGCCAACAAGUAGGCUACUUCGACACAACACUUGAAGCGUCUCGUGUUACUACAAGUAUCUCAAGCGACACGCUAAAUAUACGGGGAGUUCUGAGUGAAAAGAUUCCAAAUUUCAUCACGGGUAUAUGGAUGUUCAUAGCGGCUGAAAUAACAGGCAUGUACCUUUGUUGGAGACUAGCUAUCGUGGCUGUCCCGACAACCUUUUUAUUGAUUCUUCCUGGAGCGGUUUAUGGAACGUUGUUAUCAAAAAACGAAGAGAGGUUACAAGAAGCAUACGCAGUGGCAGGCGGGAUAGCAGAGCAAGCGUUAUCAUCAAUAAAAACCGUUCACUCGUAUGUUAGUGAGGACAAAAUGGUGAAGAGAUUUUCAACUGCAUUAGGACCAACUUUGACUUUAGGGGUCAAACAAGGUCAACUUAAGGGAAUGGUGUUUGGUAGUGUUGGAGUUAUUUAUGCUAUUUGGGCACUUUUGACAUGGUAUGGAAGUGUUUUGGUUAUUGAUAAGGGGAUCAAAGGUGGAGAUAUUCUUAGUGCUGGAGUGUGUGUUGUCUAUGGAGGAUUGUAA